AUGAUACACAAGGUACUGAUACUGCUGUGCCCUAUCGCUUUAGUGAAUGCAGGAAUAAUAAGUACUGAUGGAGGAACUUACUCAUCAAUAUCCACACCGAACUUCAAAAAUAUUCCAAGCCACGUCGUUGAGAAAACUGUUGCCACACCAAUAACUUACACGAGAAUAGUUCAACCGGCUCCCGUAUAUCACUCCAUAUUGUCUACCAAAGAAAGUAACUACGAAAGUCCAGAUGGCAUUCAACAUACAACAUUUACAAAAUCUUUGGAUACAGGUUACGCAACCGUCAACAAGCAUGAAUCAAGGACAAACGAUGGCACAGCUGAUUUAAAUCCAAGCAUUUACUCCUCUUUACUAGUCCUUUUGUGCGCGUUGGCGACAGCCCGUGCUGGUGGUCUUUACGCGGCCGGUCCCGUGGCGUCAUACGCCGCCGCUCCCCUGGCAUCAUACGCCGCAGCUCCAGUCUACAAAAGCUACGCUGCGCCCGCAGUAGCAUACUCCGCGCCCGUCGCAUACUCAGCACCUGUUGUAAAGGCGGUUGCACCCGCAGUGUCAUCCAUCUCUUCAUACUCCACCCACACCGCACACGCAGCACCAUUGGUGGCUAAAUCUUACGCCCCUGUGGCCACUUACGCCGCUGCUCCUGUAGCGACCUACGCCGCUCACGCCGCUCCUGUGGCAUACGCCGCACCCGCUGCCUACGCUGCUCCAGCGUACAGUCACGCAAGCUACGCCGCCCCUGCUGCCUACACCACAUACGCCGCUGCCCCCGUCGCCACAUACGCCGCCGCUCCCGUGGCGUACGCUAAAUCAUACGCUGCUCCCGCGGUGACUUACGCUCACUCUGCACCCGUAGCCACAUACGCCGCUGCUCCCGUUUACAAGUCCGCCCUGACUUACUCCGCGGCCCCUGCUGUCUCUCACGUGGCAUACAACGGCCUUGCGUCUCACUACGGCUGGUGA